ACCCCGGCCUCGGGUCGUGGGACGCGGCGCCGGCCCGCGAACCGGUGCCCACGGAGAUGCCGCCGGCGGCGGCGGCGGAGUCCUCGUCGAUAACGAAGCUUGGGCGGCUCCUCAGGCUGACCGAAGUGCACCUCUGGGAUGAUUUUUAUGCGAAGCCUCACGAUUGGCGUGCCACUGAUACGGCUGGUUGCACGGGAUCUCAAACAGCUAAAACCCGCAACAAAGCAGCCAAACAGACAGAUGAAGACCAUUCAUUUGUUGAAGAUAUGGAAUUGGCUAGUCUCAUGGGUUCUUUGGGGCUUCCUGUUUCAUUCAUUACAAGGAAAGAGAAAAAGAAGACACCUGCCAAGGGUAAGCAUCAAGGACGACAAGCAUCAUAUGAAGCGGCAAGUACUCCAAUGGAUGAUAAUGUAAGGACAUGCACAAAUUCUGAAGAACUGGAACACAUUCAGGAGUCGAUGGAUUGCAUGGAGCAAGCAAACUCAUGCGUUACAUCUAGGGCUGCUGCGGGUUACAGUGAAGUCUACCAUGGUGAUGUUGACAAGACGCUUGGUGAAGAAAGUGUUAAUCAGUGUGAACCAAAUGAUAACAUGAGCAGUCCAGUAAAAUCAGGCUCUCCUGUUCAAGAAAAUCAAGCUGUGGACAGUUUUCUGCAGUUGAACAAAGUGAUGCUGGGGCAAAAUUGUGUUGAUAAUGAAUCUAUAAUGUCAUGUGCUGAACUUUGUCAUGAAGAAAAAUCGUCUGAAAGAGAAGAUAAAAUAUCUGGGGAGACUCCACCCAUGUCCCAUGAUAAUAAUGAUCCAUGUCCAGCAGAACCAUCGCCUGUUAAUAAUCAUGUUGAAAACUCUGGCUCUGAUUUUUAUUAUGAAUGCGGAGAUUGGCAGGUUCUUUGGGAUCAGUUCUAUAGUCGGUAUUACUAUUAUAACAUCCAGACACAGGAAUCUACAUGGGAUCCCCCUCAAGGAUUGGAGGAUUUUGUAUCAUAUUGUAGCACAUAUUCAUCUCAAGGGAUAGAUGAACAAGUAUCACAAUUGACAAGCACACUUGUGGAAGAACACAAUAAAAUUAAUACAAAGCUUGACAAAUCAUCUGGAGUCUUAUCCUGUGUCAAGCAUUAUAUCUCACAACCUGAUGAAGAUGCUGUACAAUAUGGAGCUAACGCGAGCCCAUGUGACAAUGGAGAAACAACAUUUGAUCAGGCUGGUGACGACAGCCAUCUAGAUGAGCAGAGGCAUGAUCUUUACAGUGAAGCACAAAGUUUAUCAGACAUUCCUGAUAAAGAGUCGAUAUAUCCAAGUGUGAUAGCUACCAUCGAUGAAGUACAAGAUGGUGAAAAUAUGCAGAAUGACAGUUCAGUGGCUGAAGUGUUAGAAGUGAACCAGGAAGCUACCACCACCAAAAAGAAGAAGAGAGUAAGGAGAUCUCAAUCGUCUCAUUCAUGUCAGGACUUGGCUGAAAACAUAUCCAAUGACAUCGCCAAGUAUUGGAAUCAGCGGUACUCGCUUUUCUCCCUUUUUGAUAGUGGUAUAAAGAUGGAUGAAGAGGGGUGGUUUUCAGUAACGCCAGAGCCCAUUGCAAAGCAUCAUGCAUCUCGUGUUGGUGCGGGCAUAUUGAUUGACUGUUUCACAGGAGUGGGUGGAAAUACCAUCCAGUUUGCCACAAAGUGUAAGCAUGUUGUUGCUGUUGACAUUGACCCGCAGAAGAUUGAUUGUGCACAGCAUAAUGCAACUGUUUAUGGAGUAAAUGAUCAUAUAGACUUCAUUAUAGGAGAUUUUAUCCAUAUAGCACCUCAUCUGAAGGGAGAAACUGUCUUCAUGUCACCUCCAUGGGGUGGACCGGACUAUGCAAAAGUAGAUGUGUAUGACAUCAAAACCAUGCUUAAGCCUUGUGAUGGGUACCAUCUCUUCAAAGUUGCCACGGCGAUCGCUUCGAGAGUAGUCAUGUUCCUUCCUCGCAACAGUGACCUAGACCAGCUGGCGGACAUGUGCUUGUCGAUCGAUCCUCCAUGGGCGGUUGAGGUGGAGAAGAAUUACCUCAACGGGAAGCUGAAAGCCAUAACGGCGUACUUUGACAAACAGGACAGCAUAGACGAGAACUGCAUUUUUCGUGAACAACACCGAUGAUACUCCAUGCAUCCGAACUCCAAGUAUUCUGCUGGAUGGAAGAUUCCGUGCCGGUAUUGGGUACCCUUGGGCAGCAGAGCGUGCCACCGGGGUCAAUGGAUGAGUGGUCGAUUGGCCGAGACACUUCGUAUCGUGGAUCUUAAUGCCUCUGCUGUGCCAAGCUUUGGAUGACGACGAUACUGUCAUGCUGAAGAAGUCUCUGUUGACUUGGCUCAUUUGCACCGAGUGCGUGUACAUUAUCUGCAUUGUGUAGUUACUUGUAUGUGGUUUAGUUUGUACCGGUGCAACAUUGGGUAGCCCUGAAUCAUGGGCAGUAUUUUCCACUGCUUAUAUCUACAUGGUUUCACCAUCAA